GCAGCAGUGUGUCCCCGAGCAGAGACUCACACACUUCACAGGAAGAAUGCUUCUCUUAUUAUUUAAACUUUAUUUAUUAUGUUCCCGCCUUCACACUUUGACCGAGGCGACCUCACAGCCUGCAGCCAGGAUGACCUUCACUCUCAGAGAGACCGCAAUGAAGAGGUUUCCUCUCCUCGGACACCAUGCACCUGCAGGGGUUGUUCUGGAAAAAGAGCCGAACACGGUCAUAUCUGCUGAACAGAAACACCUGAAAUCAUUCAACUUCCAAAACCCUCGCAAGACUCCAGUGGAAAUACAUGUACCGUGGACAGAGUGCAACAAAAGUGAUCCUCAGCAGACACUGAAAGCGGAUUGCAGCUUUAACAUUUAUCUUGUCCAGAAGAUGGAAGCUAACAAGUUGUUCCUGUGUGGAACCGAUGAGGAGAGAACGGCAUGCUGUGAUAUGGAUUUAUCACAGAAGCCACCCAGGUGCAUGUCCUCUGCAAACAUCCAGAACAUAAAAAAUAGUAUACAGGGUUUCAUCAUAAAGGAAGGAGAACCAGCCGCUCUCGUGGAAUCAGCAGAGAGUAACCUCUACGUCACAUACUCUGGAUCUAAAGGAGAUGUUGGCAUCCACAGGUUAGAGAGGUACAGAGUUGGACCCACGAUGCACGAUAGAGAGCAGCACUUUGUGGGUUUGGUGCCCAGCAGACGGAGAGACGACCCCCUUCAGGGCAAAGUGUUCGGCUUCUAUAAGGAGAAAAACAAAGAUCCAGGCCUGUACAGUGACAUGUGGAUCCCCUUUGUGACCCGAGUGUGCAUGGGAGAUCGUGGCGGUCCGAAGAACUUGCUGCAGUUCAGCUGGACGUCCCAGAUGAACGCUCGGCUGUUCUGCGGAGAGCCUGAGAGCCGAAGACAUUUCUCUGAGCUGGUGGAUGUAGCUACUGUGGAGAAAGAGCAGUGGGAGGACACCAGAGUCUAUGCACUCUUCAGAAAUGAAUGGGGGAUGAGUGCCGUGUGUGUCUACACCAUAAAAGACAUUGAACGCAUCUUCACAACGUCCACAUUUAAAGGCAAAGUCCCCCAACCCGGCAGGUCCAGAGAGUGUGUCCCGGACAGCACAACGAUUCCCAUGGACGUCCUGAACAAGAUCAAGGAGAACUCGGAGAUGGAGGACUGGGUUCGGCCCGUCGAUAACUCCGGUCCGAUUCUCUUUAAUCAUCACAACUACACACACAUCUACGUUGACAACUCUCAGAACAACAGGAGCGACAAACACACCGUGCUCUACCUCUCUCUAC